UGGUGGCCUAGGAAGUAGCUAUGGAGGAUCGGGAAGUUCAAACGGUGGUCUAGGAGGUGGAUAUGGAGGGUCUGGAAGUACAAGCGGGGGUCUAGGCGGUGGAUAUGGUGGUUCCGGUGGAUCAAGUGGUAGCACUGGAGGAGGAUAUGGUGGACCAGGUGGUUCUAGUGGAAGUGGAUUAGGAGGUGGAUAUGGUGGUUCUGGUAGCUCUAACAGUGGUUUAGGAAGUAGUUAUGGAGGAUCUGGAAGUUCAAAUGGUGGUGUAGGAGGUGGAUAUGGAGGAUCUGGAA